AUGAGGAAGAAUGCGCUGUCGGAAGCUGCCCGCGAACGGGAGCUUCUCAGGUACGAUCCCACGCUGCUCUCAAACUUCACUUUCAACGAUAAAGGCACUUUGCUGCCCGACUCGCAGUUGCGCACAUCGCCCGACUCGGUCCUCACCUCUCUGGCUCAACUAGGAGCCUGCCGAACGAAGACUGCGCGGUCGCUGAUCUCCAUAUUUGACCAAAAAUACCAGUACAUCAUUGCCGAGGCCACUCCAGACAUGCCGCUCCUGCCCAGCCUUCCCCAGGAGGAGCGGAAUGGAGAGGUCCUGUACCUUUGCCAGACUGCGAUUCCAAGGGCACAUGGCGCAUGCGAUUGGGUUCUGACUAAUGAAGAUGAUGGUCAAGAACUACCAGUCACUAUCGUUCGCGACCUGGGAACCGAUGCCCGAUUCCGCGAGAGGUCGUAUUGUCGGGAAGGAUCGCCCGCGCGUUUCUAUGCUGCCGCUCCUAUACAGUCUUCUAAAGGCAUCACCAUCGGCGUGUACUGCGUGCUUGAUACUGAGCCGAGGUCGGAAGAAGAUGCAAUUAACGAUCGUGUUGACAUAGUGGUGCGCGACACUGCUCGGACUAUCAAGGAGUACCUCGAGUCGAGGCGCAUACGGCAGGAGCACAAGCGAUCGGAACGCAUGAUUCGUGGCGUUGGCUCAUUUGUCAGCGACCAGAACACGUUGCUGGACUGGUCCCGGGACAACCGUCAAGCAGCAAAUGGAUGUGGGACGGUUACAACGAAGCAGCCGCAGCCAGUGCAGCAGGGCAAUCUAAACAUCGAAGUUUCCGACCCAUCAACUGGUACGCCGAGUGUCGCGAGUGUCGCUAGAUAUGACUCGGCGUCCGCGAGCGAGCUCAUUGACGUCGUAGGAGACAGAUCUGAAGCUCCCAUCGAGUGGGCUUCACCGGCUGCUCCCAAGGCGUCUGCUGUCUCAACUCCACUGCGUACCACCGUCAAUGAAACAGCGUCCGUCAAACAAAUAUUUUCAAGGGCUGCUGCUCUCAUCCGUGAAAGCAUCGAAGUGGACGAGGUUGUGUUUUUCAGCGCCAGCCCAGGAACCUUUGGCGCGCUUGUCGAUACGGCCGAAGACGGUGAUCAGUCUUCAGAUCCUCUCACUGCUUCAUCAAGCAGCGAUGAGCCCAACUCCCCUUCGGCGGAUGAGACAGCAGGCGGAUUCUGCCACGUCCUAGGGAAUUCCAAUGUAGCGUCUUCAAAGAACCAGGGCAUCCCCAAUAUUUCCGCGGCACCAACCGCUUUACCGAGGAGACUAUUGACUACCUUUUUGAAGAAGUAUCCCCGCGGUAAAGUCUUCAACUACGACGAAUGUGGGGUGCUUCAAUCGAACGACUUCUCUGAAGAUAGUGCGCAGUCGUCCCCCUCGCCUGCGUCAACUCGGACAUUCUCAUGGUCAUCGCAGAACCGGCGCGAGAGAACAUACUCGGCGAGACAGCGAGGAGCUGAACUUCUAUCCGAAGUCUUCCCCGGUUUACGGAGCUUAGUCUUCGUAUCUGUAUGGGAUAGCAAGAAAGAGCGAUGGUUUGCCGGCGGUUUUGCUUAUACCCUCAGUCCUACCCGUAUCCUGACCACUACGGGUGAGCUCAGCUACCUCAAGGCGUUUGCCAUGCUGGCCAUGUCCGAGAUGCACCGCUUCGAAACAAGCCGUUCUCAUCAGGCUCAAAUGGAUGUGCUCAGCUCACUCUCCCACGAAUUGCGUUCGCCGCUGCAUGGCGUGAUACUCAGCGUCGAACUACUGGCGGGCACUCGUCUCGAUACAUUCCAGGGAAACGUCACGAAUACGCUGGAGACUUGUGGCCGGACACUCCUUGACACGGUCGAUCAUCUUCUGGACUUCUCCAAGGUUAACAACUACAUUGCAUCCAGGAGGCCAGGAAUGGGUAGAGCUCGCGGUCUGCGUGAUGGUGGUGCUUCGAUCGAAUCUGGAAUGAAGUCGCAGCUGUCAGAUAUAAGGCUCGAUGUGCUCGUCGAAGAGGUCAUCGAAAGCGUUUUUGCAGGCUUCCAACGCAUGUCUGACGGGGGGCCAGUGUCCACACAAGACCAGAACGGCGAAUCCAUACCAAGCCUUCCUCACGUUCGGGUCUGCCUUGACAUAGAAUCAAACACAGCCUUGAAUAUCCACGCAAGCCCCGGGGCAAUUCGACGUAUAGUAAUGAACCUUUUCGGGAACUCGUUGAAGUACACUGAAAGGGGUUGGAUCAGGGUAUCGCUUUCACGAGACGCAGACAACGUCAAGAGACGCGGCAUGAGACAGCGCAUGGUCCGACUAGUUGUUUCCGACACCGGAAAAGGUAUCUCCAAGGAGUACCUCGCAAACGAUCUAUUCAGACCCUUUUCACAGGAAGAUAGGUUGAGCCCUGGAACAGGACUUGGUCUCAGUCUUGUGAGGAAGAUUGUCACAUCCCUGAGGGGUGAGAUAUCCAUCAAGAGUCAAGUGGGUGCAGGAACAACCGCCACUGUCUUGCUUCCGCUUCCACCCACCGACCAAGCGCUCCCCAAAGGGAAAGAGGAUGAGGAAUUCGACAGGCAGAAGCGUAUGCUGAAAGGGCUUCGUGUGCGUCUUGUGGGUCUGUGCCAGGUAGGAAAUCAUGCGGACUGCGAAACUUCCGAGAUUAGUGGCUCAGACUGCUUCUCCUCUGUCGGUAAAGUAUGCAAAGAGUGGUUUCAAAUGGAGACGACACCAGCUUCGCAGGGCUUCAGGCUGGCGCCAGAUAUCAUCCUGUGCACGGAGCUGGUCCUCGACCACAACAGGUCUGCGCUUGAGGGUCGAUCCUGUCAUCCUAUCGUAGUGAUCUGCCCGAACAUUGUUGCAGCGCAUGCUCGAGCUCUUUCCACCACCCCAGUGGGAGACCGCCGGAUUUACGAGUUCAUCUCUCAACCUACUGGUCCCAGGAAGCUGGCAAAGGUUCUUCUAUUAGCUUUCCAGCGUUGGCUCGAUACGCAAGACAGUUCUGCGACGUCAAGUGUCUUGACUCCCGCCUCCAGCCUACACUUUGAGGCACCUACAAUGACAUCCUCAUAUAGCAGCCUUGGAUCAUCUGAUCCCGCCUAUCCCGUCCCGGCUCCGGGACGUACCAAGUCGUAUUUCCAUACGCAAACACACCCACUGUCUCAGCCUCACAGAGAGCCACUCACGCCAUCAACAGGCUGUCUGCCACCACCCUCUCCUCCGAUACGAACGUCGCCAGUGGAAUACCUCCUAGUGGAUGAUAAUCCCAUCAACCUCAGGAUACUGUGUGCAUACAUGAAGAAGCUUGGACAUCCAUACGCGACUGCAGUCGAUGGACAGGAGGCCGUCGACCUUUUCAAGGCCUGCCCGAACCGGUUUGUCUGCAUCCUGAUGGACAUCAGCAUGCCGCGACUGGACGGAAUGGCAGCGACUCAGCAGAUCCGGGCUCACGAACGAGACCAGAAUCUGAAAGCCUGCGCAGUCUUCGCCCUCUCGGGCCUCGCUUCGACCAGUGCGCAGAAGGACGCUUUUGAAAGUGGCAUUGACUUGUUCUUGACCAAACCUGUGAGGCUGCAGGAGUUAGAUGAUAUAUUGUCCACGCGGGGCCUCCUGUGA